AUCUUCUCAGAUGAACCCAUUAAAUAACGAGAGAAAAAAGUUUUAUUUUCUCGGCUCGUUUCCUCUCUCUUUCUCCCUAUUGUCUUUAUCCCAUUUGUUUAUCGCCCUCUCCUCUCACCAAACCCAGUAAUAAUUUUGUGAGGUUUCCAUCAUUUUCCCCCAAAUAACAUUUUUUGAUUACUGGGUUUUCCUUAAAAUCGCUUUUUUCUUUUUUUGGGAUUCAAUUCAGUUUUGUUGAUUUUUUUUGCCGAUUUCUUCUUUUUUAGAUUGUAUUCGGAUUGUUUGAUGAAUAAUGUAGGUUGUUUUUUUUAUGAUUUGAAUUCUGGGUUGUGUGUAUUGGAUCGGUGUAAUUGAUGUAAUUUUUAGUGGGGGCUAAAUGAUCUUUGUGUACGAUAAUGAGAAGAAGCUUUUUUUUAUUUAAUUGGUUUGGAUGGAUUACGUUGAUCCACCAAAAGGGCUGAUUAUGAAAAUUUGAGGAAAUUAGGGUUUUGAUUCGAGGUUAAAAAGUUGUUUUCUGAUUUCGUUGAAGGUAAAUUUUGAGUGUUCUAUACGAUGGAUCUUGUAGUCGGUGGAAAGUAUAAACUGGGUCGUAAGAUUGGGAGUGGUUCGUUUGGUGAGCUUUAUCUGGGGACCAAUAUAACUAAUGGAGAGGAAGUUGCUGUUAAGUUGGAAUCUGUAAAAACAAGGCAUCCCCAGCUUCACUAUGAAUCGAAAUUAUACAUGCUUCUUCAAGGGGGGACUGGGGUUCCUCAUUUAAAGUGGUUUGGAGUUGAGGGUGAAUACAAUGUCAUGGUGAUUGACCUUCUUGGGCCUAGUCUCGAAGAUCUCUUCAAUUACUGCAAUCGGAAGUUUUCUUUGAAAACGGUUUUGAUGCUUGCAGAUCAGUCAAUAAGCAGAGUUGAAUACAUGCAUUCAAGAGGCUUUCUUCACCGUGAUAUAAAGCCUGACAAUUUCCUGAUGGGCUUGGGACGUAAAGCAACUCAGGUGUACAUCAUUGACUAUGGCCUUGCAAAGAAGUACAGGGAUCUCCAAACUCAUAAGCAUAUACCAUACCGGGAGAACAAAAAUCUUACAGGCACUGCUCGAUAUGCCAGCGUUAAUACUCACCUCGGCGUAGAACAAAGCCGGAGGGAUGAUCUAGAAUCUCUUGGUUUCGUGCUUAUGUAUUUUCUGAGAGGAAGCCUUCCUUGGCAAGGAUUAAAAGCAGGCACUAAAAAGCAGAAGUAUGACAGGAUCAGUGAGAAGAAAGUGCUGACUCCUAUUGAGGUUCUUUGCAAGUCAUAUCCAACAGAGUUCACAUCAUACUUCCAUUAUUGUCGAUCGUUGCGUUUUGAAGACAAACCUGAUUAUUCGUAUUUGAAGAGGCUUUUCCGAGACUUGUUUAUACGAGAAGGGUAUCACUUUGACUACGUUUUUGACUGGACUAUACUAAAGUACCCUCAAUUUGGUGCUGGCUCAAGACUAAAGGCACCUGUUGGGAAGACAAGUGGACAUGCUGGACCUUCCGCAGAAAGAGCUGAAAAACAUAGUGGGAAAGAGGCUCGUGAUAAAUUUUCUGGGGCUGUUGAGGCAUUUUCAAGGAGGAAUUCAUCUAGUGGGGUUGUGGCACUCGGUGAUUCAUCAAGACAAAAGUCUUCAGAGGUGGUGAUGUCCCCAAAAGAUCUGCCUGAUUCUCUGAGAAGCAACCACACCUCUACUCGACCAAGUAGCACAUCAAGACGGGCUGUCGCUUCAUCCAGCAGACCUAGUUCUUCAAAUGGACCAAGUGAACGGUCUAGCCGUUUAGUCUCGGGUAGUGGCCGUCUAUCUACCAGUCAAAGACUGAAACCUGGGUCUGAACCCAGCAGGUUGGGAACCCCUUCUCGUCCGCCAACUGCUAAUAAAGGUGUUCUUGAUGAAGCUGUUCGAAGCUUUGAGUUCCUUUCACUUGGCAGAGACAAGACGAGGAAAUGACCAAGUUAUCUUGUGAGAGGCUGAGAGCUGACUUGCUAUUUGCAAACAAAUCUAUUUUCUGUCGUCAUAGAUGGAUCAUUUUCUUCUUAUCUCUGACAUGGGAAUUCAGCGUCUUGCUCUGAGACUAAGUUGCGACAGGGUUUCUGCCAGGUUCUCUGAUCAUUUUUAAUAUUUGGAGGGGCAAAACAUGCGGUCUUCAUGCUGUCGUGAGUAGCAAUUUGUACUGGGUCUUCUAAUCUUGACAGCAGCUGCCUUUUUUAAUCAUGUUUUUCUUCCCCCCCUCUUCCUGCAUCGGAGUUAUUGUCUCUUCUUUGUUGGCGUUCUAUAAUAUCGUUCCUAGUACAUCAAACGAUUGUCAAGUUUAAAGAAAAAGAUACCUUUUGUGUAAUGAUUUUUAAACCAUGUAAAAUAAUCCGUUCAAAUGCAGAAACAUUCUAUUA